AUGGCCAGCACCCGUGAUUCCCACUCAUUUGCUUGCUCUAAAGAGCGACCAGUCUGCCUGCAGUGCAGGCAGUUGAACAAAGAAUGCUUGUAUAGCCCCAAAGUCAGCCGAAGUCCGCUGACUCGUCAACACUUGACCUAUGUCGAAGAUCGUCUACAUUCAUUUGAAACAGCCUUAGGAAGGCUGUUCCCAGGAGGUGAUCUAGACGCUACUCUUCGGUCUCUUCUGCAGAAUCCAGAGGCUCCGAGGGCUCCUUCAUCAAAAUCCUCUUCAAGGCACUCUACACCGGCCAAGCACGAGCAAGAGCCUGCCGAGCCAGCACCUGAAGCACUCCCCCAGCAAGCCGAUGGCUUUGACUGGGCCGAAAAAGAAAUUACCCUCGGGGACUUGACUGACGGCAUGGCUGCGCUGUCGAUCAAACCCGAAGGAGCAGGCUACUUUGGAGCUUCUUCAAGUGUUGUUCCUUUGCGAGCAUUGUUUGAUCAUGGAUUUGACUUGAAUAUGCCUGUCCGAUCAGCAAGAUCGGGAGGCGUACCUCUCAAGGCGCAGCUUCUCGAAAGUGCCCCGUCAGGGCUGAUUGAGCAAGCCUUUAUUGACGCCUUCUUCUUAAACUACCACACCAGUUAUCCGUUUGUCCACGAGCCAACUUUCAGGGCACAGUUCAAUGACCCAUCUAUCCGUCCUCAUGGCACAGCUUGGCAUAUUCUUCUCAACACCAUUUUGGCCCUUGGAGCAUGGUGUAUUGGCGAUGACAGUUCUGAUCUCGAUAUUACCUUCUACCAAGAAGCUAGAGGAUACCUGCAACAAGCUUCUGUAUUUGAGACUGGAAAUCUGACCUUGGUACAGGGCCUGUUGCUAUUGAGUAACUAUGCCCAGAAGCGAAACAAGCCAAACACUGGAUGGAACUAUCUCGGUCUAGCUGUCCGCAUGGCCAUGAGUUUGGGUCUUCACAAGGAGUUCCCCGGCUGGAAGAUCAGUCUGCUACAGAGGGAAAUCCGCAGAAGGUUGUGGUGGGGAGUGUUCAUCUUCGACAGUGGUGCAGCAAAAACAUUUGGAAGACCGAUUCUGCUUCCCGAAGAGAGCGUCAUGGACGCCAAGCAAGUUCGAAACAUUCAUGAAGAUGAAUUGACACCAACUACCACUGCACUUCCCGACGAAUCUCUUGGCCCAACGAUAUACUCCGGUUUAAUUGCCCAGGCUCGUUUCCACAUCCUCACCAACAGCGUUUACCAACGCCUCAUCUCAAGCCCUAGCCUAACACCGGAGGAUACAUUGGCCCUGCAAAAGCCCAUUGAAGAGUGGUACAAUGGCCUUCCAUCCUAUCUGCAACACCCGCAGAUGCCUUUGUCCGUGCAGCCAACCAACCCGGACCCCGAUUCCCUUGCGCUAGUCCGCAACCGUCUGCUGUGGCGGAACUGGAACCUCACCAUCCUUAUCCACCGACCAAUCCUACUCCGCUGGGCCGCGAGACGAUGGGCCCCACUCAGUGGCCUACCAGGCACCCCAGAUGCAGGAACCGAAGACCCAUGUGAAACAGAGUGCCGAGUGCGCUGUCUCCAGAACGCCCGCUUGACCAUCUCAUCCAUCUCAGAGUAUAUGGAAAACUACAUCUGUACAAGAAUCGGCGCAUGGUACAUGCUUUACUUCCUCUUCCAAGCCGGUCUUAUCCCCAUCGUCUUCUUCAUGACCGACCCCUCCAACCCAGAAGCCUCAACCUGGCUCCAAGACAUCGAAACAACAAAAGCCCUACUCACCCACCCCUCCCUCGGCACAAACCGCUUCGCAACCCGCUGCUACGAAGUCAUCAACAGACUCCUAGGCCCACCCCUCCACACCCAACCACACACCAUCCCCACAGGCCCACACGAAGCCCAACCAAUGCACCACAUCCCCCAACCCCCACAGAACAUGAUGCCCUUCCCCGAACAGCUAUUCAGCGAUCCCGGAUUCGGAGGAAGUCUCUUCCCAGUAGAGCAGCAGAUGCAGAUGAAUGCGGGAGGAAUGGAUUUUUCAGAAUGGGUGAACUUCCCAGCUGCAGAGUGA